AUGGGCCCCUGCGGCAGCUUCCAACUCGAGGAGGCCACCAUCGACCAGAUGCAGGCGGCCAUGGCCAACGGCACGCUCACAUCGCAGCAGCUGGUGGCCUGCUACAUGACCCGGACCUACCAGACCAACUCCUACGCCAACACGCUGCUCCAAUUCAACCCGGACGUGUUUGCCAUCGCUGCCAAGAUGGAUGCCGAGCGGGCUGCAGGCAAAAUCCGAGGUCCUCUCCACGGCAUCCCGUUCACCGUCAAGGACAACAUCGCCACUAAAGACAACAUGGAGACCACGGCUGGCAGCUGGGCUUUGCUGGGGAGCAUUGUGCCUCGCGAUGCCUUUGUGGUGAAGCAGCUGAGGGAGGCUGGUGCGGUGUUGUUUGGAAAGGCGACGCUGAGCGAGUGGGCUGAUAUGAGGAGUAACAGUUACUCUGAAGGCUACUCGGGCCGUGGUGGGCAGUGCAGGAGUGCGUACAACCUGACGACGACGCCCGGCGGGAGCAGCUCGGGGAGUGCCUCUGGGGUGGGAGCCAACGCCAUCGCCUUCUCGCUCGGCACGGAGACGGACGGCAGCGUCAUCAACCCUGCUGAGAGGAACGGUGUGGUUGGCAUCAAGCCAACGGUUGGUCUAACUUCUCGGAACGGGGUCGUUCCCGAGUCCGAGCACCAAGACACCGUGGGAAGUUUUGGGCGCACCGUUCGGGAUGCGACGUAUGCCCUGGAUGCCAUCUAUGGUGUGGACACCAGGGACAACUACACUUUUGCGCAGGAACAGCAGACCCCUGCGGGCGGCUACGUGCAGUUCCUGACGGACAAGGCCAGCCUGGAGGGCGCCGUCUUUGGCCUGCCUUGGGACAGUUUCUGGGUCUAUGCCGACUCGGAACAGCAGCAGAUUCUCCUGUCCAUCAUCUCGCUGAUGGAAUCUGCUGGCGCCACCAUUGUCAACAACACGGAGAUUCUGGACUACGAGACCAUUAUCAGCAAUGAUGGCUGGGACUGGGCCUGGGGCACCACGCGAGGCUAUCCCAACGAGAGCGAGUACACGGUUGUGGCUGUGGACUUUUACAACAACAUCAACACAUACCUGUCGGAGCUGAACAACACCGACAUCCACACCCUCGAGGACAUCGUGCAGUACAACUACGACAACGACGGAAGCGAAGGUGGAUACUCCUACCCAGACGAGGGCGGCAUACCGGCCUUCGCCUCCGGCCAGGAUGGUUUCCUCGCAUCCCUGGCCACAAAGGGCAUCAAGAACGAGACCUACUGGCAGGCCCUCGGCUUCUGCCAGGGCACGACCCGCGGCGGAAUCGACUGGGCCCUCAGCGGCGGAGGCCAGAAACUGCCGGCCAACACAACCAAGCUGGACGGUCUCCUGGUGCCGCCGGAUGUGGGACAGACGUACCAGGUCGCCGCGCAGGCUGGCUAUCCCAUGAUCACGGUGCCGGCGGGGGUGCACUCGGCCGAUGGAAUGCCGUUUGGGCUGGCGAUUAUGCAGACGGCGUGGGCGGAGCCGGAGCUGAUCAGGUGGGCGAGUGCUAUUGAGGACUUGCAGCUUACUACAGAGGGUUUUCCUUAUAAGAGAACGUUGCCCACGUGGGGUUCUUAUCUGGAAAGGAAUAUUCCCAUAGUCUAG